UGUUUCCAGUGCUGACUGAACCGAGCAGGAACGAGCUGUAACAUGAACUCAACCGGACGUCUGGACGGCCUGAAUGACGCUUUCUCAAAGCACUUCAUCACCUUUGGUCUUGGCGUCAUCAUCAACUGCAUCAAUGGAGCUUUUGUCUACACCUACUGUAAGAGUGAAGUUUUAUACCGAGACCCCAGGUAUGUGCUGUACAUCCAUCUGGUGAUCAAUGACAUGAUCAUGCUGACAUUGUCUGUGGCGCUGCACUUCUUUACCUACACCAUCCCCCUGACCUUCGCUCCCUGCUGCAUCUUACUGCUCAUCUUAGUCGCUACCACCAAGAACAGCCCUCUGAACCUGGCCGGAAUGGCAGUCGAGCGUUACAUUGCUGUCUGCCGACCUCUUCAUCACGCCCAGAUCUGCACUGUCCAGCGAGCCUAUGCUCUGAUUGCACUCAUCUGGGUCGUCUCCCUCAUCCCCGGCCUCACAGAUAUCAUGGUCGUCCUCGACACUCAGCCUCUCUCUGUAUUCUCAAGGAUUGUCAUCUGUUACCCUACAUAUCUCUACAACACACCGUACCACAAGGCUCAAAGUGUGGCUGUUCAGGUGAAAUUUUAUUGGCGGUUGGCAACAACAACUUGGUGCAUUGCUGCCACCAACUGGUACAGAGCCCUUCUGUUUUCAUUUGUCGUCCUGACUUUAAUCAUCACCUACCUGAAGGUCCUCUGUGCUGCCCAGGCAGCUUCUGGUUCUGACCAGGCCUCCGCCAGAAACGCCCGCAACACUAUCCUGCUGCACGGAGUCCAGCUCCUCAUCUGCACCCUGUCAUUCAUCUCUCCCCUCAUCAACACCAUUUCACUUUCCAUUUGGCCCCAGGGCAGAAGAUUUAUCCUCUUUACCACCUAUCUGCUCACUGAACUGAUUCCUCGUCUGCUCAGUCCACUCAUCUACGGCGUCAGAGACAAGAAGUUCAGCAGCCUCAUCAGGCUGCAUGUCUUCUUUAAAUACUCCAACUCUAUAGAAAAUAAGAUGAACCUGGUAGCACCCUGGAGAAGGUCCAAACAGGUGCUACAGUGA